CUGAGGGAGGAAACCCGAGUACCCGGAGGAAACACACGCGGACACGGGAAGAACAUGCAAACUCGACACAGAAAAGUCCUCAGCCAGGAUUCGAACCAACAACCCUCUUGCUGGCCCAGAGGAAAAAGCAGUCACGUGGAGGUCCUGAAUGCCGCACAUGCGCAAUGGGAAUUCUCGCCACUUCUAUCACAAACGACUCCAUCAUUAGACCAGUGGGAUUUUACGUUAUCGGAUUUAGGGAUUUAAAGUUUGCCGAUUUGUAUUUAAUUUUUCUCGGCUUCGUUUAUAUUGUAACGGUUUUGUGCAACUCUUUUCUCAUUUCGGUUAUAUGGAUAGAUCGUUGCCUACACACUCCAAAGUACAUUGCGGUGGCCAAUUUAGGAGUUGUCGACUUGAUUCUCAGUACAUCCUUUAUUCCUAGUGCGAUCAACACGUUUGUGACUAAAGAUACCUUCAUGUCCUUCAAUGCAUGUUUGACACAGAUGUUUUUUUAUUCUGGCUCUGCAAUACUAGAGUCAUUAUCCCUCAUUGCACUCGCCUAUGACAGAUUAAUUGCGAUAUGUUUCCCACUGAGGCAUAAUUCCCUCAACACUCCCACAAGUAUGAUCAGUAUUUUAGCGAUCGCUUGGUCGUAUAGUGUAGGCAUCAUGGUGUUCGGGGUCUUGUCAUUGACAAAACUGUCUUUUUGUGAUUCACUCACCGUGUACAGCUUUUUCUGUGAUUACGUAGCCGUGUUCGCACUAGCGUGCAAUGAUAGCACACUACAGUGGACCACCGCCGCUUCUCUGAGUUCCAUGAUUGGGUUUGGUGCCCUUACUUUCAUCCUCAUAUCAUACAUGUGUAUACUGGCAGCCGUGUUUAGAAUGAAAAAUGUGGAAAGCAGGUACAAGGCACUUGCCACCUGUACAGAACAUCUUGUCCUCGUGGCGAUUUACUACGGGCCUAUCAUGACGCUGUACGUCGUAGAAUUGUUUCUAUUCCGCGUCGAUCCAACUGUCAGAUUGAUGAGCGUGUCGUUAGCCUCGUGCAUCCCGCCCUGCCUAAACCCCAUUGUGUAUUCGCUAGCAACCAAAGAAAUCAGGAACAGAUUACUGGCCAUGCUUCAAAAAGUCAAGCUAGUAGCGUGGACAGGGCAGGAGUACAGCCAAAGGUUGCAGUAAAUGUACAUUUUCAAAUGAGUAACAUCAAUUUUAUUUUUAGGCUUUGGUGUUUGGCCUCAAUUGUGCAUGUGUGUGUGAAGUCAGAAUUAAUGUAGUUGAAUUGUAUUUUAUUUUUUAUUUUUUUGCACAUAAGAGAUCACACACACACCUGUGACACAUUAAUUCAAUUUGAAAGUUUGUGUUGCACUGGCACUUGUAACCAAAUUUUUUAUUUUGUGUCAGUUUUUCAUUUAUUGUCUGGUGGUUUGCUUGUGCAAAACUAAUAUACCAAGCCACCAUUGUCCGUGAGACCUUGUUCUCAACUGACCUACCUGUAUAAAUAAAGGUAACUAUAUUUUUAGAUGCAAAGCACCUCAUGGACCUGGCUAGUAUAACUAACUCUCUCACACACUCACUUUAGCGGGCUAACGAUUCUCCACAGGUGGGAUCAAGUAGCUGAAUGCUGCUUCGCAUCAAUGACACACUGUCAUUGUUCAAAAAACCUUUUUUUUUUUUUUUUUUAAACUUUCUUUCAAAUGACUUUACUUUUUAAAAUUUUCAGCACCACAAGGCAAAUAUUAAAUUAUAUGUCCUAUUUCAUUUAAUAUUUCAUGCAAGUAUUUAAAUAUCUUAUGUCAUGAGUUAGGUUUAUCAAUUAAAUAUUCCGGAGAAAAAAAAUUAUUUAUUUGUACUACCAGAUUUCUAAAUCUGAGAAGAAAAAGGAAUGUGAAAAUGUUACUAAUCAAAAUUUACAAAUGGCUCCCCACAGCAACUAACAGCAACAAAUUCAUAAAACGGAUAUGCUUUAAACUAUCAAAUGUAAAUCAUGUCUCUUUAUAACCAAAAAGAACACGGGGAAACAGCCGAAAGGAAAAAGUCUCUACUCUGAGCCUAGACUUUUAAACAAGGCUCUUCUUCAUGGUCUGCAUUCACAUUUCUCACAUAAUAUCACGUGUAUCAUAAUAUUAUUAUGAUUAUCAUAAUAAUAUCCCAAAUGAAAA